AUGGGCCUGCUGUCGUGGCUUCGUCCGCGGGGAAGGAUUUCAUUCUAUCAUGCCAAAGAUAACAGUCUCCUGCUCACCAGAAAGUCCGAAAAGCCCGGUGCCGAAGAGAAAGUGACUUUCACAGACAUCUGUCGUGAAGCAACACCAGCAAAGUGCAACCUGAACCCGUUUUUGUUUAACGGCCAUCUGCAGACUGCCUAUACUGCUAUCAAGUAUGAUGGCGUCCCGGUAUACUACAAGCGAACGAUGUUCGAGUCCGACAGCCCUGCAUUUAGCGGACAAUUUGCAAUGGAUUUCGUUGUGGAGCCGUACGAGAUGCCCAAAGACGACGUAUUGAUUGACAGCGAGAGAAAAUACACACAGCCAUCGGGUCUACCUGUACGGACGUCAUUCUUCUCGGAAGAUGAAGUUACUGCGCUGCCAUCGGACGAUACGAAGCCUAUGCUGGUGACUCUGCACGGCCUCAGCGGCGGUUCACAUGAAAUUUACUUGCGCCAUGUCCUUCACCCGCUGAUCGCAGAUGGAAACUGGGAAGCAUGUGUGGUUAACUCUCGAGGCUGCGCACAAACCAAGAUCUCUACCGGAGUGCUUUACAAUGCUCGUGCUACCUGGGAUCUUCGUCAGGCUAUCAAGUGGCUUCGGAAGACGUAUCCCAAUCGCCCUCUGUUUGGAAUUGGAUUUUCGCUCGGUGCUAAUAUUCUUGCAAAUUACCUUGGUGAGGAGGGCGAAGCCUGUGAGCUGAAAGCAGCCGUACUCUGUGGCAGUCCCUGGAACCUGGAAGUUUGCUCUCUGAAUUUAAAGCGGACCUGGUUAGGCAUGGAAGUGUACAGCAAAACAAUGGGCUCCAGCAUGAAACGACUAUUUGAACAACAUGUCGACGCAAUUAAGAAGAACCCUAGAGUGGAUAUCGAAGCAGUGAGGAGAAUCACUUAUCUACAUGAAUUUGACCAGGCCAUACAAUGUCCUACUUGGGGUUACCCGACAGAAGGCGCAUACUACCGUGACGCUGCUACGACUGACUCCCUGCUUGCGAUAAGAAUCCCAUUCCUGGCUAUUCAAGCAGAGGAUGAUCCGAUUGCUUGCCGUGAAGGUCUCCCAUUCUCGGAGAUUCAGCGCACGCCUUAUGGAGUCAUGAUGACUACUUCCUGGGGUGGUCAUUUGGGAUGGUACGAACUCGGAGGUGAAAGGUGGUUUGUGAAGCCGGUAAACAACUUCUUCAACAAGAUGGCCAAGGAGAUCGACCUUUCAUCGCCCUGUGUCGUGGAAAACCCAGACCUACUGCCUGGUCAUAUCGCCAACCACAGUGAUCCGACCAAGGAUCCCGACACAGCGCCUAAGCCCGAGUUCAAUCCCAUGCGUCGCAGGAUGGACAUGAAUAUUGACGUAUAA